UGGAUGUAGCCAAGCAAGCCAUAUAUAUCCUGAAUGUAGCCAAGCAAGCCAUAUUAUAAAGAGUUACUUCAAGGAAUCCGAAGAUCUCUUUCGCGUGUUUCCCAAGGGAAAAAAGUUCCGGUCCGUCGGUAGAUGGAAACAUCAAGGCAAAAUUAUUUCGAAGCCCCAACCGGGACAGUUAAUUAUUUUCUAGAUCCGCCAUUUAUUUACGUUGCGAACUUGAAUCGAACGGUUGCGUCUUAUCUCAGUCCACUCUCGUUCCACCGUUUACGAAGUUCCCUGCGUCGGGAAAAUGAUCCACUUCGUCCUUCUAAUUAGCCGACAAGGAAAAGUGAGGCUGACAAAGUGGUAUUCUCCAUAUUCACAGAAGGAAAGAUCCAAGGUCAUCCGAGAGCUUGGCAGAAUCAUUCUCACAAGGGCACCAAAGCUCUGCAAUUUUGUUGAAUGGAGAGGGUACAAAGUUGUAUACAGAAGAUAUGCCAGCCUUUACUUCUGUGCGUGCAUUGAUCCAGAUGACAACGAACUGGAGAUCCUCGAGAUCAUUCAUCAUUAUGUUGAGAUAUUGGACCGUUAUUUUGGCAGUGUUUGUGAGCUGGAUUUGAUAUUCAAUUUCCACAAGGCAUAUUAUAUACUGGAUGAGAUUCUGAUUGCCGGUGAACUUCAAGAGUCAAGCAAGAAAAAUGUUGCACGGCUUGUAGCUGCACAGGAUGCACUGGUGGAAACAGCAAAAGAACAGACUGGUUCGACAAGCAAUAUGAUUGCACAGGCUACCAAGUAGACAAUCUUAUGGUUUUGUGAUGUUCGAAUUUUUGCACCCUUUCUCACCUCAUUUAAAUGGGACACAUUUGUGUUGCCUCUAUAUUUCAUGUUUUGUGCUAUUUUUUUUAUUUCUGUUCUUUUUUUUUUUUUUUGCCUGGCAUGUUUGAAGUAACAAUUAUGUUAUUUCAUUAAUUCUUCUUAUCAUUUAUCUCGAA